AUGGUAUGUAUAAAUCCAGCGACAACUCGGGUCGAGCAGCGAAACGCCGAUCUAACAAAUAACGCUAUCCCGGAUGUAGCAAUCGACGUCCCUGGCUACGACUCCAGCUUGCAGUUCACCCCUAAUGAGGAGAGGAAAGCGUUGCUCAAAGUUGACUUGCUCAUCUUGCCCUGCAUCGUGCUUUGUUUCUGCUUCCUCCAAUUCGACCGCACCAACAUCAGCAAUGCCCUGACCGACACCCUGAGACAGGACAUCAACGUCGAAAACACCAACAUCAACCUGGCGCAGACUCUCUUCACCGUCGGCUUCGUCAUCACCGAGUUGCCCUUCAACGUCAUCAGCAAGCGCAUAGGUCCUGAACGGUUUCUGCCCAUAACCAUGUUUCUGUGGGGAACUGUGACCUGGUGCCAGAUCUUCCUCAAGAAUGCAUCCGGACUUUGUGCCAGCAGAUUCUUUCUGGGAGCUCUCGAAGGCGGUUACAUCCCGGGAUUCGCCCUCUACAUCUCGCAGUACUACACCAACCAGGAGCUCGGACUGCGCUAUGCUAUAUUCUGGGCUUCAAACAGCAUCGCGGGCGCACUUGGUGGCCCUUUGGCCAUUGGACUGCUGUCGCUUCGAGGACGAGGGGGGUUAGCUGGGUGGCAGUGGCUGUUCCUCGUUGAGGGUAUCUUGACGUGCGUCCUCGCCGUCGCCGCGUACUUGUACCUUCCCCACAACUCCGCGUCACCAAAACGCAUCUUCGGAAUGUCGUUCAACAUGUUCAGCCAACGAGAGGCAUCCAUCAUAGUCACGCGUGUCAUCCGUAACGAUCCCACCAAGGCCUCAAGAUCCAGAGAGCCCGUUUCGAUUUCUCACAUACUCGAGACGUUCGCGGAUUGGCGGUUAUACGGCCAUCUCAUAGCCGGAUUGCUGACCAUGGUCAUGAUUGCACCGAUGAACACGUAUGCGCCCUCCAUCAUCAAGGCCCUCGGAUUCACUUCCCUGCAGGCGAAUGGCCUCAACUCGGUGGGCAGCGUCUGCGCCUUGAUAUGGUCUCUCUCUCUGGCCUUCAGCAGUGACAGGUUUCGCGAGCGUGGCUUCCACAUCGCUCUAGGGUAUUUAUUUGCGGGAGCUGGUUUGCUUUGGCUGGCACUAGCACCAACCCACGUUGGGAAAUGGGGUCUCUACGGUGGUGUUGUUUGGACCCAAAUGAGCAUGGGAUGUGCCCAGGCCAUCAAUGCAGCCUGGCUCACUGCCAAGAUGGAAGACCACAAGCGCCCCAUCGCUCUGGCGGCCUAUGUCAUGAGCAUUCAGCUUGCUAAUUUUCCAGGGAAUCAGUUAUUCCGAACACAAGAUGCGCCUCGAUACAAACGUGGGUUUUUAAUUGCUGCUGCCUGCGUUAUUUCUGGCGCAGUCGUGAUUUUGAUCUGGAAGCUGUUGUACCGCCUGUUUGAUCAUGGCGACGGUGGUGUUGAGGCCAGGAGAUCGACAGUGGCCGAGGAGCAGGAAACAGUCGAGUCUAAAGCAUAA